CUGUGUGAAGCGGGGGAAAUACCUAGAUUAGGAUUCUCUAGCUCUCUGAGAUUCAUACAAAGAACUUGAACCUUAUCAGGCUAAUGGCGCAAAUAAGGGACACCAUUGAACUUCUUACUAAGGUGCUAAAGGACAAUGGAACACACAACCUAAAAGCUGAAACGUUUCGACUGGCCAAAUUUGAUAAUGAUGAUGCUGUGAGUUCCUUUUGGCGGUUGCUGUUUGAGCUCAUAUAUUUCCUGAGGUAUGGCAUCAUUGAUGAUGUGUGUGUCAAAGCUUUUUCUGACCUCACCAAAGAGGAACUAGUUGUAUUUGUGAAGAGGGAAAUGCAACAGCAAGGUUUCACCUCAGUUGAUUUCAAUCUGCUUCCUGCCGACAUGUCCACAGGCAGCCGUGACCUCUUGCUGGCUUUUGGUUGGUUGAUGUGCAAAGAGGGGAUCAUUGACAAGUUCAUGGAGAGCUGUGCCUCACCCCUAGCUGAAGAUACAAUAGGGCUGUACAUGGAGGAACUUGGAGAUGGGGUGCCAGAUGUGCUGGAUGACUCUCAUCUGUCUCCCAGAUCUAGAACAGACCCUGUCCGAAAAGUGAAACAGUUGUUAUGGUUGAACGGAAAAUUAAGACUUAGUCUUCGUAAUCUAUAUGCACUUCAAAGGGAAAGAGCAAAAUUAAUGCAUAAGCUCCAUCAGUCUACCAAUGGCAUAUCCUUGGAUCCUGAGAAGAAUCAUCUUUCCAUGCUGGAAGUUUACAUGCUGAGACACCCAGAACUUUUGAAAAAGAAUCUCCAGCUUUUAGAAAAGGACAACAUCAGGUUACAGAAUUUGUUAGAGUGGAAAAGCAAGGAAGACAUAUUUUGGAAGUGGAUGGAAAGUGUGUUGGAUGCCAAAAUCCAGGCAUAUGAGAUGGCUGCCCAGUCUGAAUUGUACAGACAGGAACAAGGCCAUGCACUGUCCCAAAUGACCUUAGAUAAAAAAGAAAUGCUGCAGAAAUCACAUGAUAGACUCAGAGACAACAUUAUUCAGUAUGAAGCUAAACUUGAUGAAUUAGAAAGACUAUGGAAUUCAAAGCCUGUGCAGUGUAUGUAUUGUGCCACUACAUACAAGAACUACAUUGUAUUCCCUACAUGUUGGUAAUGUCAAAUUGCUGGACAUUUUGGUACAAAGGAUUGAAUGACAUACACUAAGUAAGUUUUGUGUAAUCCUCUGUCACCUCAAUUAUUAUUGACUGGUCUUCAAUCUGAACACUUUAUUUUUGUCAGAAGAAGAAUUAUUGGAAGAGUUUAAAUGUAAUUGUGUUAGGAUUUCUUGUAUAAAAACAAAGAUCGACAGUGUUCGAUUUAAAACAUGACAAAUGAUAUCCGACUACAACACAAUUAUUAGACGUUUGCAAUCCUUAAAAUA